AUGUUCCCAGAAAGCAUUAAGAUCUCGGACGACGCCGUCUCCACGAAUCAGUGCAUCAUACCCCUCUCACGCGGCCGUCGAAAGGGAGCUGCGCGCCCUCCCAUAUCGAUCUUCGGACGUGCAGCGAAAGGCAAACGCCUCAUACGCCUCACCAUCUACCCGGACCACAAGGAACCCAUGCUUAGGCCUGAAAAGAUUACAAAGCCCGCACAGACCGCCGCCGGUGGCUGGUUCGCAUGGCUCCCCUGGCGCUGGCGCUCGUCGGCCCCGGCCCCGACAUCAACUAAGCCGUCCGGCCUGCCCUACGCCCACAAGCUCGCCGCAUACCCGCUGCACCACGCCGCAGUGACGCGGCUCCCGUGGUCGAGCGACGUUGAAGCGCGCGUGCUCCCGGGUGCCUACCGUGCCAUCGCAUACUUCGUGCGCCUGGAGGACCAGCGCGAGGAGGCCCCACGCAUUCUCGAGUUCCACUGCCUCUCCGAUCCGAGGAGCGGCUCACCCGCCGCGGCUGCGGCCGCGGCGCAGAACCCGUGCAAGCCGCUCCUCGCCGCCAAAUUCGCGGUGCCGCGCGAGGUGGAGGAACUGCGGACUGUGGGCGCUCUUGCGUGGGAUGAGACCAUCGGCAGGCUGUGCAUCGCCGAGGGGAAUGCUAUGAUGGUGCAUGUACUAGAUUUCGCUGAAUCGCCCGCAUUCGAGGCCGAACAAGAUUUCUAUGUCUUCGAAUACCCCGACACCGACAUCUUCGACAGACCGUAUUCCCGUAAGGCACAUGAGACGAGAGAUGUAGGGCCAGGGUCUGCAAAUGAGGGAGACUGGGAAUAUAGCCCGGGGCCUUCACAUGGCAGGUCAAGUGGUGCUGGUGGGCCAGGCGGGACUACCGAAGCAGGGUGUUCGUACUGGCCAAGCGGGACUCAGGGCGCGCAGUCCUCGCGCGAGCCAGACGCGACAAAAGAAGCAGGUUGUUCGUAUUGGCCCAGCGCGCUGGACGGCCCAGAGUUCUCGCACUGUGCAAACGGGACUAAGGGAGCGGAGUCCUCGCGCGACCCAGAUGCGACGAAAGAAGCGGGCUGUUCGAUUUGGCCAAGCGCGUUGGAUGGCCCAGAGUCUUCGCACUGGGAAAAUGGGACUGAUCGCGCAGAAUCUUCGAACAGGCCAAGCAGGAUGAACGGCGUAAACCGGUUGCCUGACGAAGAGAUGCCUGACUGGAUGGCCGACUGGGUGAAUAAUAACGCAGACCUGAUGAACGGUGCCGAAGAAAUGAACGGCGCUGGACAGGCGGACAGCGCAGGCCAGGGGAACUGUACAGAUGCGUCGGUGCCAAUGGACACAACCUGA